AUGACAGUGCGUAAGGGGAAGCGGAUCCCCAUCCAGGAGCACAUGGCGAUUGACGUCUGCCCCGGCCCCAUUCGGCCAAUCAGACAGAUCUCUGCCUACUUCCCCCGCCUCUCGCCCACCUCAUCGGUCUCCGAUUCGCUGGCGCCUGGGCCGCUCGGCCUUCCGUCAGGCGGCGGCGCGGGGGGAGGGGGGCUGCUGUCGCCUCUGUCGCCGGGGGCAACGGGGGGAGCAGGCGGGACUUUGUCCAUGAUGAGUAGCAUGGACACGUCGGUGGAGAUUGACAGCGGCGACAGCGAUGACAACACCUCAUUGGGAACGCUGGCGUUCGAUUUGCAUUAUGAAGUGGAAUCCAGCUCUCUUCACUGCACUGUCAUAAAAGCCAAGGGUUUGAAGCCUAUGGAUUUUAAUGGCUUGGCAGACCCUUACGUGAAGCUACAUCUUCUACCUGGAGCCUGCAAGGCCAAUAAGCUGAAGACCAAGACGGUUCGGAACACUCUAAAUCCCGUCUGGAAUGAGACACUCACCUACUGCGGCAUCACAGAAGAGGACAUGUACAGAAAGACACUCAGGGUGUCGGUGUGUGACGAGGACAAGUUAACGCAUAAUGAGUUCAUCGGAGAGACCCGCAUCGCUCUACGCAGGGUCAAGCCCAACCUGACCAAACACUUCAACAUCUGCCUAGAACACCCUCCACCCCUACCGUCGCCCACAGCCAUGAGUGUAGCUCUGAGGGGAAUAUCUUGCUACCUGAGAGAGUGGGAGACGGAGCAGCAGCGCAGCCUGGAGGAGCGGGGUCGGCUGCUGCUCUGCCUGCAGUUCCUCCCGCCCUCCACUCCACCAGAGGGCGACGAGGCCAAGAAGGAGGCCAAGGACCGCGCCAAGGGCGGCCUCUGCGUUGGCGUGCGGCGUUGCGCCCACCUGGCUGCCAUGGACGUCAAUGGCUUCUCGGACCCCUACGUAAAGACGUACCUCAAGCCAGACCUGAAGAAGAAAUCCAAGCACAAAACAGCCGUCAUCAAGAAAACCCUCAACCCAGAGUUUAAUGAGGAGUUCUUCUACGAGAUCACUUUCAAUGAGCUGACCUCUAAAACUCUGGAGGUCACCGUGUGGGACUACGACCUUGGCAAGAGCAACGACUUCAUUGGGGGCGUGUCCUUUGGCUGUCAAUCACAGGGAGACGCUCUGCAGCAUUGGAUAGACUGCCUGAAGAACAAGGGUCAGAAGGUGGAGCGCUGGCACACACUGACCAAUGAGCUUCCAGGAUCCACAGCACAGGAGUGAACUGGGCAGCCCUAAUCCAUGUUCUCUCUACUAGUAGCCCAACACCCUGUCUGUCAGUCAGUCAGUCAGUCAGUCCGUCAGUCAGUCAGGGGACUGCCGUUUAAUUGGUCAACAGCUGCCGUCAAUCAGUCAAGUCCUGAUUUGACCUGAUCCAUUGAGAAAAAGAGCAUGAUGAAGAAAAGUCACACAGACAUGGGUUUAACAACACAGAGGACAGUCGAAGGUCAUUUUUGCAACUCCUGUUUGCAUUUUGAAACUCUUGCCAUUGUUGUUCUCUCUAUUGCUUUAUACAUUCAGAGUUUGUUUUCCUUCUUCCUUCCUCUAUGGACACAUAAGCACAUAACUGAGGGAUCUCAAGCACACUAAAGUUGAUGGCCCCAAUAAUGAAGAAAUGUUUCUUUUUCUGCACAAAUGCCUGCACAAAACAUUUGCACCUAAGUUUCACCAUGUAUCCAUGUAGGUCACCUUUGUGAAAUACUACGGUUCUCUAUGUGUUUUUGAAAGCCACGAGUAGUUCCAUCAUCCCCCCCCCCAAAGUAGCCACAGCAAAACAAUCACAAUCUCACAAAAAAUGCACGAGAGAGUUUUGAACCAAUAUAGAAUAAAAUGCCUGUGAUGUGGUUUCGAUGCAAUAUGUUCGGUUGCAAUAACAAGGUUAUUUCUUCUGA